CGCACACAGGCGAAUACGACUCAUUAAAUCAAAAAUAAUCACAUAUCUAAAUUUACCAUCCAUAAAUCCUGUAAUUUUUACCUAAAGUAAGAGGUUUACGAAGUUUUGUAACGAGAAGAGAUCUUUGACUUGGAGGUUGAAGUUUGCAGCCCUAACCACCAACACCGAAAGUUAAAGGCCUUUGUAUUUAUUAUCGCAAGCUGAACAUAAAGUGUACGAAAUAUAAUGGAAGAAGAAAGUAGCAACAUCACUGGAAAAGCUCCCGUGCGAAUUGCCUUCAUUCAUCCCGAUUUAGGAAUUGGAGGAGCAGAAAGAUUAGUAGUGGACGCCGCUGUAGGUUUACAAUCUCUUGGCAAAGAGGUUAUCAUCUAUACUUCUCAUUGUGAUAAAACGCAUUGUUUUGAAGAAAUCAGAGAUGGUACCUUGAAAGUUGAAAUUUAUGGCGACUGGUUACCGUCUUCUAUAUUUGGCAAACUGUCGAUUCUUUGUAGUACAGUGCGACAGAUCUACCUAACUUUAGUCCUUCUUUUCAAAUUUCGUUAUUACGAUGCCAUAUUUGUUGAUCAGUUAUCUACUUGCGUUCCAAUGCUUUUACUCGUCUGUCGUACGCUACUAUUCUAUUGUCAUUUUCCGGACAAGUAUCUGGUAAAGCCCGGUGGUGGAAUACUAAAGAAACUUUAUCGGGUUCCUUUUGAUUCAUUUGAGGCUUGGUCAGUUCGAUUAGCAGAUCGCAUUGUGGUUAAUAGCAACUUUACAGCAUCUGUGUUUAAGAAAGCUUUUCCCAAAGUUCGAAAGCCUCUUCGAAUCAUCCAUCCUUGCGUAGAUGUUAGAGCUGCAGACCUCUCUUCGCAAUACAAAAUUUCUGAGUCAAUAACAUCUCGCAAACUGCUUAUUUCUGUCAAUAGAUUUGAAUUGAAAAAGGACAUAGCCUUGGCGAUUGAGUCAUUCUCUGCUCUUCGCGAUUUAUCUUCGGACCAGUUCUCUGACUACCUCUUAGUUAUUGCUGGGGGGUUUGACACUCGUGUAACUGAGAAUCGUAAAUAUCUGGAGUUACUUCAAAAUUUAUGCAAGCAAAAAGGUUUCUCCUAUCAUACCGUCAAAGACGACUGGAAUAAUUUAUCGAUUGAUCCUCAAACAAACGUUUUGUUUUUGCUAUCCGUACCUUCCGAUGUUAGAGAUGCAUUAAUUUCUACUUCCAAAAUCCUACUUUAUACACCGGAAAACGAGCACUUUGGAAUUGUACCCCUCGAGGCGAUGCUUCGAAAAGUACCUGUUCUUGCUCAAGCAAAUGGUGGUCCUUUAGAAACUGUAUACGACGGGAAAACCGGUUGGCUCCGUCCUCGCGAUCCUAAAAUCUGGGGAAAUGUCAUACAUGAAGCCGCUACUAAUUCAUCAUAUGACAUAAAAACAAUGGGUGAAGAAGGAAGAAAGUCGGUGAUAAAUGAGUUUUCGGCUGAAGCAAUGGCUUCAAAAGUUGAAUCAGAGAUAAUGUCUGGAAUUUGCUCUUCAACUCCCAAGCGAUAUACGAUACGCUGCUUUCAUGGAUUGGUUGCUCUUUUGAUAUUAGCUGUAUUCACCUUGAUAGUAGCUUCGAUGGUAUCUCUUUAUCCUUUAAGCUUUUUCAACGGUUUUGCUGGUGUCACCGACUACUCGAAUUUUGCAUUAAGCCUUUGGUACGGCGGCGCCGUAACAAUUGUAUUAUUCAUUACAUUGGCUGUUUUCGUCAGAAACGUUUAGUUUCCUAAUUUUAUACUAGUACUUGUAAUUCUCUUUCUUUUUCAAUUUACAACCUAUUUUUCUGCUAAUUACAAUGGAAUAUAUAAACAUAAUGAAAAGUAAUUCUAUUUUCCUUUCAAAAAGUGA